GUUAUUCCUGCAAUUUAUUAUUUUGAGAGAGGCAAAAAAAAAAAAUAUAUAUUAUUAAAAAGCCACUUUUUCUUGUAAUAUGGCCACAAGACUUGAUCGAUUGGUCCUUCUUCUAGACACUGGAUCAACUACAGCUGUUAGACGAACCGCUGCGCAACAACUCGGUGAAAUUCAAAAGCAACAUCCAGGAGAGUUAUACAAUUUAUUAUCAAGAGUUGUUGUACAUUUAAGAAGUAAAGCAUGGGAUACACGUUGGGCUGCGGGUCAAGCACUUGAAGCGAUUGCUUCAAAUGUACCUACUUGGGAUCCCUCCAGCCAAGAUUUCAUGGAUGACGAUGAAGAACAAGACUUACACAAACUUCAAUUUGCCCAAUUUGACUUAGCCUCCGUACUUCAACAUGGCAAACUUUUAUUGGGUUCUGCUGGAAAAGAAUAUGAUAUCGACUUUUCAGAUAUGACCCCACAAGAACGUUUGGAACUUCAAAGGCGUAACCUUAAAGAACGUCUAGGUCUUGCCAGUCAAUUUAUGGAUGUUGAUCUUGUAGACGAAAUAGAUCUAGAUACCAAACAAGUAAAAGCUCAACAAAAUAAAUCGUCCAAAAGCCCUUCACCAUCACCCUCCACUUCAACUACUCUUACACCCGCUGUAGCUGAAAUUAACAUGGCUGGUUUAUCAGCUCGUGAACGUAACAUGCUGAAACGAAAGUUAAAAUUAGAAUCGAAAAUGAAGGGCAAAAAAGAAAAAGUUCGUGUAAUGGAUUUAAAAGGAAAGUCAGAGUAUCCUGUACCCAAGCCUGUUAAAGUGGAAGCCAAAGAAGAAUUCGAAUUUACAGCACAGCCGCAGUCAAAUAAAUUUGUUGUCGAGGCUAAAAAACCUAUACCAUCUACAGAAGAAACCGUCGAUGAAGUACAACGUGAUUGGCCCUUUAAAAUGGUUUGUGAACAUUUGUGUUUAGAUUUGUUCGAUCCUGCCUGGGAAAUCCGUCAUGGUGCUGGAAUCGGUUUACGUAGUAUUUUGAAGGCACAUGGUGAAGGUGCUGGUAAAAGAGUCGGCGAUAAAGCAAAGAAUGAAGAGUUGCAUAAUGCCUGGUUAGAAGACGUUGCCAUUCGUUUAUUGUGUGUAUUUGCUUUAGAUCGCUUUGCUGAUUUUGUUUCCGAUCAAGUAGUUUGUCCUGUUAGAGAAACUUGCUCACAAACAUUGGGUGUAGUGUUACAAUACAUGAAUGCAGUUUCUGUUAAAAAAGUACACGAAAACCUACUGAAAUUGAUUAAUCAAGACGAUGAAUCAUUUGGCGGUCGAUCUAUUUGGGAAGUUAGACAUGCUGGUUUACUCGGAUUAAAGUAUACUGUAGCUGUCAGAAAAGAUCUUGUAGAGAUGCUCGUGGAAGGCACCACUGGUGCGGUUAUUCUUGGGUUGCGUGAUCAUGACGAUGAUGUGCGGGCCGUUAGUGCUGCAACUUUAUUACCUAUCACUGCAGAAUUUGUUCGAAUGAGUACCACCGAUCGUGUGAGGGAUGUGAUUACAACUUUAUGGGACUGUUUGGUUGAUUUGAAGGAUGACUUAACAGCUUCGACUGGCGCUGUAAUGGAUUUAAUCGCAAAAAUGUUUGAGCAACCUGGUGUGAUGGAAAUUGUGCGUUGUGGUUGCAGUUUAGGAGAAUUGGUCCCUAGAUUACACCCUUUUUUCCGACACACAAUCACUGGUGUGCGUAUAGCUGUUUUGAACACUCUAUUGACCUUUCUCCAAUGUGGUACAUCAGCAGAAUGGGUGGAUGAACGUGUUUAUCGUCUAGUAUUCCAAAACUUGAUUGUGGAAGAAAAGCCUGACAUAAUUGCCAAAACAUUGGCUGUUUGGAAGGAUUUGACAAUUACUGGUAAGGUCGAGACUCAAUUAGUUCUUCAGGGUACCCAGAGCUGGCUUGGAAGCUGGUUUGAAAUUACCAUGACACCUAUUGGACAACCCUUGGAUAUCGCAUCUUAUUUUUACAAACCACCUGGAGCUUUCGGUAAUGGGGGAACUCUUUCGAAUGCAGCAGGUAAAAAACCUACUCUUAAAAAGACUUCAAGUAAUGGCAGUACUAUUAGUGGAGAUGCCAUUCGCGCUGGUGCCAACGAUGAUGACGACUCUGGACAUAAUUUGGAUGCAGGAAUGAUAGCUCAAGAUUUCUCAUUAAUUACAACAAAUCAAGUCAUGCGCUGUCGUAUUGCUUGUACUACCGCACUUGGCAUGGCUAUGAGUACUUGGCCCGAUGAUUCGAUGGAAAUGUCUUACCAGGAAGUUCUUUUAAAUUUACUUACAUCACAAUGGGCAUUAAAGCGCCAGUUAGGUGCUAUGGCUGUAGAAGAAUGGGCAAAAGCCGUUUUAAAAACACGUUAUAAUGCAGAAUGUAUCAGCCAUGCUCCUGCAGAAGCUAUUUUGGCAACCACGCACAACUUUCCUAAGAUAUUAUCACAAGCUAUGAUUACGAACUUGGAAAAUGCUGCCACUUAUACCACUGGGUUUUACUUCGAACUUGUUCAUGUCUUAAAACGUAUUAGAGGUGAAAGUCAAAACCUCUUAAAUGCCUUCCAUACCGAGGCCAAGGUCCCUUUAGAAUUCAUCACUACGUUACCCACGUUAGUACCGGGUGAAGCACUUCCUGAGCAAGGACCUCUUUUUACUAUUGAAACAGCAACACAUGUUGUAGGAGAUGUAUUUGAACAAUUAUUAGGCAAAGUACCUCGUAGCAAAGGUCGAGCUGCCUUAAUUACAGCAUUAGACGAACGUCAGAGACGUGUGGUUGCUUCUAUUGGAUAUUUUGAGGAUCUUAAACAGAAAAUAGAAAUCAACGUGUAUGCUGCUACUGCCGGUGCUGUUGUCGAAUUGGGUGUCUUGCCUGCAAAACUCAAUCCUGUGAUCCGUAGUGUUAUGAAUAGUAUAAAGUUCGAAGAAAAUUUAGAGCUUCAACAAAGGUCAGCUGCCACUUUAGCUGAUUUGAUCGCGUUAUGUGAAAGAUCCAGUAAUCGUGUUAAUCCAAAUGAUAAGGUGGUCAAGAAUCUCUGCACCUUUUUAUGCUCAGAUACCACAGUUACACCCGUAUUAGAAGAUAAUCAGGUCAAGUCUGGUAUCUUAUCAAUUCAUAAGGAAGAAUCUGGAAAGAAUACUGUAGUUGUGAAGGAAAUACUCACACCAGAAGAAAAAGAGGCUCAGUUAAUGAAACGUGGUGCUGAAAUUGCCUUACGAGAAUUAUGUGAUCAGUUUGGCGAUCGCGUGUUUGCAAUCGUUCCCAAGUUAAGAGAGUGCAUUAGUCAAAAAAUUAUCGAAGUUUUCCCUGCGCCGGCUGACAAGAACAGUGGCGUUAAACACUCGGACAGUUUGAUUGCUGCCGAUUUCCAAUUAGGGCAAGAAGUAAUCGAUUCUUUAACUAUACUAACAAUGGUAGUUCCUUACCUCUCUGAAGGGCUUUGGGAGCAAAUGGGAGAAAUUGUACCGUAUAUUUGUCGCUCGCUCCAGUCCUGUUAUGCUGUCAUCCGUAGUGUCAGUGCUCGAUGCCUUGCAGCCAUCGCUAAUGUUAUUACAACAAAGACUAUGCAAGUGAUUGUUGAUAAUGUACUACCUCAGUUAAGUAACCCUCUGAAUCCAUACCAUCGCCAAGGUGCUUCCGAACUUGUAUACCACCUCGUCCAAUUACUCGAUACCAAGAUUUUGCCAUAUACUAUAUUUUUGAUCGUGCCCAUCUUGGGGCGUAUGAGCGAUGUUGACGAGGCUGUCCGUCUUAUCUGUACAAACUGCUUCGCUUUGCUAAUCAAACUUGUACCAUUAGAAGCUGGUAUUCCUGAUCCUCCAGGAAUGUCUGCUGAAAUGCUGGCCCAUCGUGACGAAGAACGACGUUUCUUGGCUCAACUUCUCGAUAGUUCUAAAGUCGAGAAUUAUGAAAUUCCUGUAAAGAUCAAUGCAGAACUUCGAAAGUAUCAGCAAGAAGGUGUUAAUUGGCUGGCUUUCCUUAAUAAAUUCCAUUUACAUGGUAUUCUUUGUGAUGAUAUGGGUCUUGGAAAAACACUUCAAUCUAUUUGCAUUCUAGCUGGUGAUCACUUCUUAAGAGCACAAAAAUAUGCUGAUACUAAAUCCCCUGAAUGGGCCCCAAGUCCCUCACUAGUUAUUUGUCCACCUACUUUAACUGGGCAUUGGUAUCACGAAAUUUUGAAUUACUCUGAUAAUUUAAAGCCCUUAUUAUACACAGGUGGUCCAGCCGAAAGAAAAAGAUUACGAGCCUCACUUCGAAAGCAUGAUGUCAUAAUCAUGUCAUAUGAUAUUAUUCGAAAUGAUAUCGAAGAGCUUUCUUCAAUUACUUGGAAUUACUGUAUCCUUGAUGAAGGUCAUAUCAUUAAGAAUGGAAAAACAAAGAUCACGAAGGCUAUCAAGACUGUUAAAUCCAACCAUAGAUUAAUUCUCUCUGGUACUCCUAUUCAAAACAACGUUUUGGAGUUGUGGUCACUAUUUGACUUUUUGAUGCCCGGUUUCCUCGGUUCUGAAAAGAUAUUUAACGAAAGGUUUGGUAAACCUAUCCUUUCCAGCAGAGAUAGCAAAAGCUCGUCAAAAGAACAAGAGGCUGGUGCACUUGCGCUGGAAGCUUUGCAUAAGCAAGUAUUGCCGUUUUUAUUGCGUCGUUUGAAAGAAGAUGUAUUGCAUGAUCUUCCUCCCAAGAUUAUUCAGGAUUAUUAUUGUGAAUUAAGUGAUUUACAGAAAUCUCUUUAUGACGAAUUUGCUAAAUCGCAGGCGAAAACUUCAGUAGAAGAGGAUCUUAGUACUACCAUUGUUACAACAACAAAGGGAACUGUACCCGAGAAGAGCAACAAAGGAGCGACCCAUAUAUUUCAGGCAUUACAAUAUCUUCGACGAUUGUGCAAUCAUCCUCUACUUGUUGUUAGUGACAAAUAUCCAAACUACCAAAAGGUACAAAACUUUCUACAGAAGACCAACACAUCCAUACAUGAUAUCGCAAACGCACCAAAAUUGUUGGCUCUAAAGCAGCUUCUAGGUGAAUGUGGUAUCGGUGUUACAACCUCUGAAUCGGACUCAGAUCCAACCGCCAUGGCUGUUGGUGCAGUCAGUCAACAUCGCGCAUUGAUUUUCUGUCAAUUAAAGCCAAUGCUGGACAUCAUAGAAAACGAUUUAUUUAGAAAAUUAAUGCCCACAGUUAGCUAUUUGCGUAUGGAUGGUUCAGUUGACUCUAGCAAACGUCAUGAGAUGGUACAAAAGUUUAACGCCGAUCCUUCCAUUGAUGUACUGCUGUUAACAACACAUGUUGGUGGUCUUGGUUUGAAUUUAACAGGUGCUGAUACUGUUAUUUUUGUUGAACAUGAUUGGAAUCCGAUGAAGGAUCUUCAAGCGAUGGAUCGUGCACAUCGUAUCGGUCAAAAGAAGGUUGUUAAUGUAUAUAGAUUAAUUACGAGGGGAACAUUAGAAGAAAAAAUUAUGGGCCUUCAAAAGUUCAAAUUGAAUAUUGCCAAUUCGAUUGUAAAUCAACAAAACUCUGGCCUACAUAGUAUGGAUACAGAUCAAAUAUUGGAUCUAUUUAAUGUCAGUAAAGAUGGUGUAGACGGUUCUGGUAAAAAGAAGCCUAAAUCCGACACAGCCUCAACAGAAGGUUUGGGCAAUGCUAAGGCUGUUCUGGAAAAUCUUGAAACACUAUGGGAUGAUAAAGACUAUGAAGAGGAAUACAAUAUUGAUAGCUUUAUAAGUAGUUUGAAUUAAAAUAAAUUAUUUGCCGUUAAGGAAAAUUUUAGACGAGGAAACUCUGGUAUUAAGUAGAAAUGUGAUUGGACAAUAUUACCAAUAAAACUCUGCAGUCAAAAUCUAACUCGAC